CCAUCUUUCCCCACACCUGAAUCGCUCACCGCGCCUCCCCUGCUUCCACACCUCACUCCCCUUGCCUCUUCUCACCACCACAACGCAGCAACAGAGUCGGCAGAUCCGAGACCCGGAGGGCGCUCGAUGGGGUCCUCGCCGGAGCGCAGGGGGGAUGGAUGAUCUUCAUUUGCUUGCCGCAGCAGCCGUAUCUCGCUCACCGGCCGGCGAGCGACCACCUCCGACUGGGGCAGGCAGGAGCUCAGUCCUCCUCCUCCCCCAGGUCUGGCAGCAAGCAACAACUGAUAGAGGUGCUCGCCUGAGUGAGAGGUCUUUAUUGCCCGCCAACAGAGGAUGUACACUCUUGUCAGCGCGGCGCUAUGGGUGGUGGGCAAGGCGCUGGCCCCCGUUGCCGAUGGCCUGCUGGAGGCUUGGGGUGCCACCAAGAACUUGGGUCUCAACAUUGAGGCCCUCAAGAUGGAGCUGCUUCUCGUGAAGGCCACCCUCGAACUUGCAGCCAGCAAACAGAUCUGUGGCCAGGCCAUGGAGGAGCUGCUGGGGAAGCUGCGGGACUCGGCGCACUGUGCCGAGGACUUGUUGGAUGAGUUGGACUACUUCCGCAUCCACGACGAGCUCCAUGGCACGUGUGACGCCGCCGACCACCAUGCCAAGGGUGGUGUCGACGACUUUGCCUUCAAUGCUCGUCACACCGCCAAAGCUGUUGGUAAACGGGUCAGCUGUUGCGCUUGGCCAAGGGCCAGGCAGAGGUCAAAUGUCAAUUCCUCCUUAGACCCAAAAGCCAAUCAGGAGAGGUCACAUGUCAGUUCCUCCUCAGAACCAAAAGCCAAUCAGGAGGUCAGCGGAUGCAUUCCCAAGCUCGGUAAAAUCCUCCCAUGCUCAUCUUCCCCAAAUGUCCGUGGUGAACAUUCUGGUCAACCAACUCUAACUCUUUGUGAUGCGCCACAACGAGAAACACCAAUGCUGGGAUUUAAUAGGGUUGAUGUCUCUGAAAAAAUGAAGCGAAUUGUAGAGCAACUGCAGCCUGUGCGUAAAGAAGUUACUAAGAUUCUGCGGUGUUGUGACCAUAUGGUUGUCUUAGAUAUAACCCGUAAUCGUCCCAUCACAACUGGUCAAAGCAUAGAACCAGAAUUGUAUGGGAGGGACCAUAUCAUGGAUACCAUCAUACAUGAUAUGAUCAAGGGUAAAUACCAUAGCAAGGAUCUAACAGUGCUUCCGGUUGUCGGUUCAGGGGGAUUAGGGAAGACAACUCUGAUACAACACAUAUAUAAAAACCAAGAAGUUCAAAAUCAUUUUCAAGUUGUUAUUUGGGUAUGUGUGUCGCUCAGUUUCAAUUUGAAUAAGCUGCUAGAAGAGAUUAAGGCAUGUAUCCCUAGAGUUGAAGGGGAAAUAGAUGGUAGGCCUGAAGAGCUGAUUGAACAAAGAUUAAAAUCUAAAAGAUUUUUGCUUGUACUGGAUGAUAUGUGGAAGAUUAGUAAUGAGGAUGACUGGAAAAGGUUAUUGUUACCGCUCAAAGCAUCACAACAAAAAGGUAGCAUAAUUCUACUCACGACUCGUUUUCCAGCAAUAGCAAAGAUGGUUGAAACACAUAGUCAUAUUGAAUUGAAAGGAUUGGAAUCCAAAGAAUUUAGAAAGUUGUUCCUUGCAUUUGUUUUUGGCGAUGAGCCCAUUAUAAGUGAUCACAAUUUUUUGCUUGAGACCGGAGAUAAGAUAAUGGAAAAACUAAAGGGAUCCCCUCUUGCUGCAAAAACUGUUGGUAAAUUACUGAGGAAGGGUCUUAAUUUGAGUCAUUGGAUAAAAGUCUUAGAAAGUAAAGAAUGGGAUAAACAGACUAGUGUCAAUGACAUUAUGCCUGUGUUAAAGCUUAGCUAUGACUAUCUUCCUUACCAGCAGCAACAAUGUUUCUCUUCUGCCGCAUUGUUUCCUGAAGAUCACAAGUACAGUGCCAUUGAGCUAAUCAACUUGUGGAUAGGACUAGAUAUUUUACAGCCUGUUGGUCAGAACCAAACAUUGGAAGAUAUAGGUUUGAGCAAUUUAAGCGAUCUAGUCGCACAUGGAUUUUUUAAGAAAGAGGAAACUUAUGGUCGUUACAUAAUGCAUGACCUGCUACAUGAUUUAGCAUUGAAGGUUGCAUCUCAUGAAUGUCUUAUUGUGCAUCAUUCCAAUGUGGGUUCAAUAGAAAUUUAUCCAAGCAUCUACCACUUGGCUAUAAUCGUAGAUGUUGAUGAUACAAAGUCUCGUGAAAACUUUAAGAGUCAAUUGAGAAAAUUGAAGACAAGGUUGAAAGUUAAACAGUUGCAUACUUUGAUGUUAUUUGGAGAAAUGGAUGAAAGCUUUGCCAACAUUUUCGGUGAUUUCUUUAAGGAAGCAAAUGCUCUCCGUGUUCUCCAUGUGGAUAGCAUGCCAUAUUCUGGGGAGACCAUGUUACAUGAUUUGGCAACACCUGUCCACCUACGAUAUGUAUGUCUGGGGACAAAGUAUGGGAGGGAGAUGCACAUACCACUUCCUAUUUCUAGAUUUUAUCAUUUAAAGAUUCUGGAUCUAGGAUCAUGGUACCACAUUCUUGGUUUGCCCAAAGACUUGAACAACCUUGCAGCAUUGCGUCAUUUUUAUACCCGGACUGAUAAGCUUCAUUCUUGUAUUCACAAUGUGGGUAAACUCAAACUAUUACAAGAGUUAAAGGUGUUUAGAGUCAACAAAGAAAGUGAAGGUUUUGAACCAAGUCAACUAGAGCAUUUGACUGAACUGAGGGAGCUUGGCAUCUAUAACCUCGAGAAUAUACGCACAAAAGAAGAAGCAGCAAGAGCAAAAUUAAUAGAGAAAAACUACUUGGAGAGUUUAACACUAUGUUGGGAUGGUAAGGGGUCUAAUACCGAGCCUGGUGUAGAAGCGGCCAUCCUUGAGAGCCUUCAACCACAUAGAUAUCUUCAAAAGUUGUGCAUUAAAGGGCACAUAUGCCCUUCUUGUCCAACAUGGCUGAGUGCCGAGCUUGUUGUUGAAGUUCUACAAUCUCUUCAUCUCUCUGAUGUUUCUUGGGAAUAUCUUCCUCCUUUAGGAAAGAUGUGGGAUCUUCGUACACUAGUAUUGGAGCAUAUUGCCGCAGUGAAGGAUUUUGUCUUAGAGCAAUGCUUUUGGAGGCUAAUAAGGCUUGAACUUGUUGACAUGGGAAAUUUUGAAAAAUGGGUACCAUCGCAGGACACUCAUCAUAUGUUUCCUCUUUUGCAAACACUGCAUAUUAGGAACUGCCCUAAACUCUUGGAGUUGCCAUUUUCAAACCAUACUGUUUGCCCAUCAGGUCAAGACUGGAGCACUGAUUGGUUUCCCAAAUUGCAAGAGCUUGUGAUAAUCAGGCCCAGAGUUAUUGUUAGUGGCUCGCAUUCCCUGGACUAAAACACUACAGUAUGUCAAUAUAAGGGAUGUAAAGCUACUAGGGGUGCUUGAGUACAACUCUCAAUCAUGCCAUCUUGUCAAUGUUACUGGGAAGGAUGAAAUGCACAACUUAGAUCAGGUUUUGGCAUUCAAUAAACUGGCAGGGCUUGAGUCGAUGGUAAUCAAAAGGUGUCCACCUUUGGAGUGGAAGGACCUUGUGAUGCUAACUUCAUUGAAGAAAUUGGUUUUUGAAAGUGCAGAUGCCUUGGUUGGGCCAUUAGGAGUUGAGUGUGAUGUCGAAUGGCAACACCCUGUUGAGCGUCUUGAUGUCCAGGAAUCUCAUGGUGCUAGUGGGAAGGAAUUGACGAAGCUUCUAACCCACCUCCCAAGGCUUUCCAUGCUAAGUAUCGUAAAUUGUAAAAACAUAACACAAUUGGCUGUGGGGGUGGAUCUCAAAAGAACAACGUCAGCAGCAUCAGAGGUGGAGCUGCAGAAAGAUGAAGAUGGGUUGCUACUCUUCCUGGCCAAUCUCUCUAAAUCACUCCGGGAGAUGCGCAUCAGAAAUUGCCCAGACCUGGCCCUGGUGGACCCUCCUUCAAUUUUUUUUCCUGCCCUGCAAUCCCUUGAGAGGUUACAAAUUUUUCGCAGCCCCAAGAUACUACCGGCUGGUUCUCCUUCAUGCUGCCGUUUUCCAUCCUCUCUGCAAGAGCUUGAUCUUUGGGAUGUGCAAGGCAUGGGGACGCUGGAGCCCCUUUCAAACCUCACCUCUCUCACCAAAUUAAGAUUGGGGAAUUGUGGAAAGGAUCUAAGGUGCAAGGGCUUGGAGCCUCUCCUUACCGCCAGGGGACAGCUCAGAGAUUUAAUAGUCAUUCGUAGCCCUAGAUUCUUUGCUGGAUGGACUCCCAAUCCCAGGCGGGUGCAGCUGCAGGAUGAACUAGGACAAGGGAAGAAGCUGCAGCAGCUUGGUUCAUUCAAGCUCUUGACGGAUGACCACAUGGGACUCCUCGCUGCACCCAUCUGCAGCUUCUUGUCUUAUUCCCUCACCCACCUAAGCCUUUGUGAGAACGAUAAGAUUGAACGCUUCACCAAGGAGCAAGAGGACGCCCUUCACCUCCUCACAUCCCUCCAGCGACUUGACUUUGGGUCUUUCAGCAAGCUUAAGAGCCUCCCAGCAGGGCUGCACAAGUUUACCAACCUCAAGCAAUUAGGGGUCAUGUUAUGCCCGGCUGUCAGGUCGCUGCCCAAGGAUGGCCUCCCCAAAUCACUGCAAGUUAAUGCAGCAGUGCAGGGGGUUAGUGGGGACUAUCCCAAAAAUCAGACUGCAACCUCGAGACUGACCCAAGGCCUCUGCCUUGGAGUUCCCUUGUACAUUCUUCUAGCCUGGUAAUUCCCUUUGCAUACAUGUAUACUUGCCACAUGCAUGACAUGGUGGUCUUGCGUUCAAGUCUCUUCCUAUGUCUGGUAUUCUUAUCUUUGUUUUCAUAUGAUUAUACAUACUAUGUACUUAAUUCCGGUGUACGUCACUCAUCAAGACUUGGUGGUUUAUAUGACUAAUUCGAGUGUCAAGAUAAAAAUAACGCCAUCGCAUGAUUGUGGAAUAAAUCAGAUUUUGUUCUUCUACAAAUAUUAAGGUGUUCUUAUGUUCGUUCUCGUAGGCUAUUACAUAUUUUGUAUUCAAAUUUCGGUCUUCAUCACUCAUCAAAAAUCAGUGGGUAUACAUGGCUAUUUUCGGUGUGAGAACCAAAAUAACACCACAGAAUAAUUGCUGAAUAAACGAAACUUGGGUGAUUCACUGACGAUAUUAAGGUGUUCUUAUGUUCGUUCUCGUAGGCUAUUACAUACUUUGUAUUCAAAUUUCAGUCUGCAUCACUCAUUAAAAAUCAGUGGGUGUACAUGGCUAUUUUCGGUGUGAGGACCAAAAUAUCACAACAGAAUAAUUGCGGAAAAUACGAGACUUCGGUGCUUCACUGAUGAUAUUAAGGUGUUCUUAUGUUCUUUCUCGUAGACUUUUACAUACUUUAUAUUCAAAUUUCGAUCUGCAUCACUCAUAAAAAAUUAGUGGGUGUACAUGGCUACUUUCAUUGUGAGGAGCAAAAUAUCACCACAGAAUAAUUGCGGAAUAAACGAGACUAAGGUGCUUCACUGAUGAUAUUAAGACAGUGCAGGUGUUCUACAUGUUUUCUCAGGUAGGGUUCUAGAUAAUUCAUCUUUACAUUUGAUUGGCGCUCACAAAGACUUGGUGGUAUACUUGGAAAGUUGAGGUUUGAGGAUCAAAAGACUUUUCAGUGUUUUGCUAAUUAUGGGGAAAAAUGACUUUUCAGUGUUUUGCUACUUGUAUGAAGGUAUGUAAUUUGUCAAAUUCACUGCUGAAUUGCUACUGAUACGUAACUUCUUGCCCUUCAAUUUUGCAUUGUCAGCGCUAUCCAUCAAGAGGCUUCUGAGCUGUUUUCAUGUUAGUUGUACUCCAAAUUGAGCAAGUUGUCACCAAAAAUACUCACAAAGCUGCGCAAUCUUAUGGGCCUGUUAUCAUGGAAAAAGUUGCCAUGCAUUCUUGGGCAUGAUUUGCAUUCAAGUAAUUUGGAAGUUAUUGUGCCAUUACUUACUAAGACAUAUACUGUGGGAAGCUCAUGUCAGUUACGUUCAUCUUUUCAACCACAUGAGAAUUGUACUGCCCGGUGGAUCCAACUUCAUCUCUGUUCAGAUCUCCGGCUAUCACUGAAAGGUGUCACUUGUGCCAAGGAUUUUCUUGCUGCUCUGUUGCUUCUUGCCUCAAUUAGUGACUGAUCUGCGAGUGCCUCAUGCUUCAGGCAGUCUUCCGCCUCUGCAACUGCCACCCAAAAAAGGGUUUCAAGGUUAUACUGUACCGAUGCCAGAAGUAGCUGAACUGCAUGGUUCACAUUCAGAACCAAAGCGGUUGCGAUGAGAAAACUCCAACCAGGCCAAUCCCUUCUAUCUGCAUUUAUAUGCACAUGUAAGAUGGAAGGCAGUGGUGAAAUGGUCAGUGGUUGCUUCACGGCAAUAGAAUGUUGCUCGUGCGGUUUGCUUCAAGUCUUGCCGCUUCCUGUUGGAGAUGGGCACUGCUGAAACAAGGUGAAGGGGCAUGGAAGAUGGAGAAGAGAUGGACGAGUCUCACCAAAUCCUGGGUGCAGAGGGAGGUGGAAGAGGAGUGCGCCGCAUGAACUAGUGUUUCUCUAUAUUAAUCCUCUGUUUCUUUCAAAACAGAAACAGAGGAAGAAAAGAAAAACAGAGGAAGAAUGCAACGGGUCUGAUCCCACACCGAGGACUUCUCCUUUCAGCAAUGGUGGGAUAAGAAAUAAACAAGAAUUAUUUGUAGUAGACUAGUUUAGUCGAUGCAUGUGGGAAGACAUGACAUGCUGUCAGAGAGGGAUCCCUACCUUGAUGAGCAAUUCUUGUUGACGAAUUUGGGUCUGACUAAAUAACCAUCACUUCCCUCUAAUGUUUGGCAGAUGCAGUUUUCUCAGUUAGAUGGAUGACUUGGUCAUGUCUUCAUUCAGAAUGAAAAUUUUCUUUUAGUCCUUCA